GAGGAUCAAAGGUCGAUGCGUGGAAGCGUGGCCGUCUUCAAGUGCCUCAUCCCCUCUUCAGUGCAGGAAUACGUUAGCGUUGUGUCCUGGGAGAAAGACACAGUCGCCAUCAUCCCAGAAAACAGGUUUUUUAUUACUUACCACGGCGGGCUGUACAUCGCUGACGUGCAGAAGGAGGACGCCCUCUCCACCUACCGCUGCAUCACCAAGCACAAGUAUAGCGGGGAGACCCGGCAGAGCAAUGGGGCCCGCCUCUCCGUGACAGACCCUGCUGAGUCAAUCCCCACCAUCCUGGACGGCUUCCACUCCCAGGAAGUGUGGGCCGGACACACCGUGGAGCUGCCCUGCACCGCCUCUGGCUACCCCAUCCCUGCCAUCCGCUGGCUCAAGGAUGGCCGACCCCUCCCAGCCGACAGCCGCUGGACCAAGCGCAUCACGGGGCUGGCCAUCAGUGACCUGCGGACCGAGGACAGCGGCACCUACAUUUGUGAGGUCACCAACACCUUUGGCUCAGCAGAGGCCACAGGCACCCUCAUGGUCAUUGACCCCCUUCAUGUGACCCUGACACCAAAGAAGCUGAAGACCGGCAUUGGCAGCACGGUCAUCCUCUCCUGCGCCCUGAUGGGCUCCCCGGAGUUCACCAUCCACUGGUACCGCAACACCGAGCUGGUGCUGCCCAAUGAGGCCAUCUCCAUCCGCGGGCUCAGCAACGAGACCCUGCUCAUCACCUCGGCCCAGAAGAGCCACUCCGGGGCCUACCAGUGCUUUGCCACCCGCAAGGCCCAGACCGCCCAGGACUUUGCCAUCAUUGUGCUCGAGGACGGCACGCCCCGCAUCGUCUCGUCCUUCAGCGAGAAGGUGGUCAACCCCGGGGAGCAGUUCUCACUGAUGUGCGCGGCCAAGGGCGCCCCGCCCCCCACCGUCACCUGGGCCCUGGACGAUGAACCCAUCGUGCGGGACGGAAGCCACCGCACCAACCAGUACACGAUGUCCGACGGCACCACCAUCAGCCACAUGAAUGUCACGGGACCCCAGAUCCGCGACGGGGGCGUGUACCGGUGCACAGCACGGAACUCGGUGGGCAGUGCUGAAUAUCAGGCGCGAAUAAACGUAAGAGGCCCCCCCAGCAUCCGGGCGAUGCGGAACAUCACAGCCGUCGCUGGGCGGGACACCCUCAUCAACUGUAGGGUCAUUGGCUACCCCUACUACUCCAUCAAGUGGUACAAGGAUGCUCUCCUGUUACCUGACAACCACCGCCAGGUGGUGUUUGAGAACGGGACCCUCAAGCUGACUGAUGUGCAGAAGGGCAUGGACGAAGGGGAGUACCUGUGCAGCGUCCUCAUCCAGCCGCAGCUCUCCAUCAGCCAGAGCGUCCACGUGGCCGUCAAAGUGCCCCCCCUCAUCCAGCCCUUCGAGUUCCCACCUGCCUCCAUUGGCCAGCUGCUCUAUAUCCCCUGCGUGGUGUCCUCGGGGGACAUGCCCAUCCGCAUCACCUGGAGGAAAGAUGGACAGGUGAUCAUCUCAGGCUCGGGCGUGACCAUCGAGAGCAAGGAAUUCAUGAGCUCCCUGCAGAUCUCCAGCGUCUCCCUCAAGCACAACGGCAACUACACAUGCAUCGCCAGCAACGCAGCGGCCACCGUGAGCAGGGAGCGCCAGCUCAUCGUGCGUGUGCCCCCUCGAUUCGUGGUGCAGCCCAACAACCAGGAUGGCAUCUACGGCAAGGCUGGUGUGCUCAACUGCUCGGUGGAUGGCUACCCCCCACCCAAGGUCAUGUGGAAGCAUGCCAAGGGGAGUGGGAACCCCCAGCAGUACCACCCAGUGCCCCUCACCGGCCGCAUCCAGAUUCUGCCCAACAGCUCACUACUGAUCCGCCACGUCCUGGAAGAGGACAUCGGCUACUACCUCUGCCAGGCCAGCAACGGUGUGGGCACCGACAUCAGCAAGUCCAUGUUCCUCACGGUUAAGAUCCCGGCCAUGAUCACUUCCCACCCCAACACCACCAUCGCCAUCAAGGGCCACGCCAAGGAGCUCAACUGCACGGCCCGGGGCGAGCGGCCCAUCAUCAUCCGCUGGGAGAAGGGGGACACGGUGAUCGAUCCCGACCGCGUCACGCGGUAUGCCAUCGCCACCAAGGACAGCGGCGACGAGGUGGUCUCCACGCUGAAGCUCAAGCCUGCUGACCGUGGGGACUCUGUGUUCUUCAGCUGCCACGCCAUCAACUCGUACGGGGAGGACCGGGGCUUGAUCCAACUCACCGUGCAAGAGCCCCCUGACCCUCCAGAGCUGGAGAUCCGGGAGGUGAAGGCCCGGAGUAUGAACCUGCGCUGGACCCAGCGAUUCGACGGGAACAGCAUCAUCACCGGCUUUGACAUCGAGUACAAGAACAAGUCAGAUUCCUGGGACUUCAAGCAGUCCACACGCAACAUCUCCCCGACCAUCAACCAGGCCAACAUCGUGGACUUACACCCAGCAUCCGUGUACAGCAUCCGCAUGUAUUCCUUCAACAAGAUUGGCCGCAGCGAGCCGAGCAAGGAGCUCACCAUCAGCACUGAGGAAGCCGCUCCUGAUGGACCCCCUAUGGAUGUAACCUUGCAGCCAGUGACCUCACAGAGCAUCCAAGUGACCUGGAAGGCCCCCAAGAAGGAGCUGCAGAACGGCGUCAUCCGGGGCUACCAGAUCGGCUACAGAGAGAACAGCCCGGGCAGCAAUGGGCAGUACAGCAUCGUGGAGAUGAAGGCCACCGGGGACAGUGAGGUCUACACCCUGGACAACCUCAAGAAGUUCGCCCAGUAUGGGGUGGUGGUCCAGGCCUUCAACCGGGCUGGCACAGGGCCCUCAUCCAGCGAGAUCAAUGCCACCACCCUGGAGGAUGUUCCCAGUCAGCCCCCCGAGAACGUCCGCGCCCUGUCCAUCACUUCUGACGUGGCUGUCAUCUCCUGGUCGGAACCCCCGCGCAGCACCCUCAAUGGCGUCCUCAAAGGCUAUCGGGUCAUCUUCUGGUCACUCUACGUUGAUGGGGAGUGGGGCGAGAUGCAGAACAUCACCACCACGCGAGAGCGGGUGGAGCUGCGCGGCAUGGAGAAGUUCACCAACUACAGCGUGCAGGUGCUGGCCUACACCCAGGCAGGGGAUGGCGUGCGCAGCGGCGUGCUCUACAUCCAGACCAAGGAGGACGUUCCAGGUCCCCCCGCUGGCAUCAAAGCUGUCCCUUCGUCCGCCAGCAGUGUGGUCGUGUCAUGGCUCCCCCCAACCAAGCCCAAUGGGGUGAUCCGCAAGUACACCAUCUUCUGCUCCAGCCCCGGGUCUGGCCAGCCGGCUCCCAGCGAGUACGAGACCAGUCCAGAGCAGCUCUUCUACCGGAUCGCCCACCUAAACCGCGGGCAGCAGUACCUGCUGUGGGUGGCCGCCGUCACCUCCGCCGGCCGGGGCAACAGCAGCGAGAAGGUGACCAUCGAGCCUGCUGGCAAGGCCCCAGCCAAGAUCACCUCCUUUGGGGGCACCGUGACUACACCCUGGAUGAGAGACGUCCGGCUGCCUUGCAAUUCAGUGGGAGACCCAGCGCCCGCCGUGAAGUGGACCAAGGACAGUGAAGACUCGGCCAUCCCCGUGUCCAUGGACGGGCACCGGCUCAUCCACACCAACGGCACGUUGCUGCUGCGAGCGGUGAAGGCGGAGGACUCGGGCUACUACACCUGCACGGCCACCAACACUGGCGGCUUCGACACCAUCAUCGUCAACCUUCUGGUGCAAGUUCCCCCGGACCAGCCCCGCCUCACUGUCUCCAAAACCUCCGCGUCAUCCAUCACCCUGACCUGGAUUCCCGGCGACAAUGGGGGCAGCUCCAUCCGAGGCUUUGUGCUGCAGUACUCGGUGGACAACAGCGAGGAGUGGAAGGACGUGUUCGUCAGCGCAAGCGAGCGGUCCUUCAGGCUGGACAGCCUCAAGUGUGGCACGUGGUACAAGGUGAAGCUGGCGGCCAAGAACAGCGUGGGCUCCGGGCGCAUCAGUGAGAUCAUCGAGGCCAAGACCCACGGGCGGGAGCCCUCCUUCAGCAAAGACCAGCACCUCUUCACCCACAUCAACUCCACGCAUGCUCGGCUUAACCUGCAGGGCUGGAACAACGGGGGCUGCCCUAUCACAGCCAUCGUGCUGGAGUACCGGCCCAAGGGCACCUGGGCCUGGCAGGGCCUGCGCGCCAACAGCUCCGGGGAGGUGUUUCUGACGGAGCUGCGAGAGGCCACGUGGUAUGAGCUGCGCAUGAGGGCUUGCAACAGCGCUGGCUGCGGCAACGAGACCGCCCAGUUCGCCACCCUGGACUACGAUGGCAGCACCAUCCCGCCCAUCAAGUCUGCGCAAGGCGAGGGGGACGACGUGAAGAAGCUGUUCACCAUCGGCUGCCCGGUCAUCCUGGCCACACUGGGGGUGGCGCUGCUCUUCAUCAUUCGCAAGAAGAGGAAAGAGAAGCGGCUAAAGCGACUCCGAGAUGCAAAGAGUUUGGCAGAAAUGUUGAUAAGCAAGAACAACCGAAGUUUUGACACCCCUGUGAAGGGGCCACCCCAGGGCCCGCGGCUACACAUCGACAUCCCCAGGGUCCAGCUGCUCAUCGAGGACAAGGAGGGCAUCAAGCAGCUGGGAGAUGACAAGGCCACCAUUCCUGUGACGGAUGCUGAGUUCAGCCAAGCUGUCAACCCUCAGAGUUUCUGCACCGGUGUCUCCUUGCACCACCCAGCCCUCAUCCAGAGCACAGGACCCCUCAUCGACAUGUCUGACAUCCGGCCAGGCACCAAUCCAGUGUCCAGGAAGAAUGUAAAGUCAGCCCACAGCACCCGGAACCGGUACUCAAGCCAGUGGACUCUGACCAAGUGCCAGGCCUCCACACCCGCCCGCACCCUCACCUCUGACUGGCGCACCGUGGGCUCCCAGCAUGGUGUCACUGUCACCGAGAGUGACAGUUAUAGUGCCAGCCUCUCCCAGGACACAGACAAAGGACGGAACAGCAUGGUGUCCACUGAGAGCGCCUCUUCCACCUACGAGGAGCUGGCCCGGGCCUACGAGCACGCCAAGCUGGAGGAGCAGCUGCAGCACGCCAAGUUUGAGAUCACCGAAUGCUUCAUCUCCGACAGCUCCUCUGACCAGAUGACCACGGGCACCAAUGAGAACGCUGACAGCAUGACAUCCAUGAGCACCCCCUCAGAGCCUGGCAUCUGCCGCUUCACUGCCUCCCCGCCCAAGCCCCAGGAUGCCGACCGGGGCAAAAACGUGGCUGUGCCCAUCCCUCACCGGGCCAACAAGAGUGACUACUGUAACCUGCCUCUCUACGCCAAGUCAGAGGCCUUCUUCCGCAAGGCGGACGGGCGCGAGCCCUGCCCUGUGGUCCCACCCCGCGAGGCCUCCAUCAGGAACCUGGCUCGAACCUACCACCCCCAGGCUCGCCACCUGACCCUGGACCCUGCCAGCAAGCCCUUGGGCCUCCCGCACCCAGGGGCCCCCGCGGCCGCCUCCACAGCCACCUUACCUCAGAGGACUCUGGCCAUGCCAGCCCCCCCAGCCGGCACGGCCCCCCCAGCGCCGGGUGCCGUCCCUGCCGAGCCCCCGGCUGCCCCCAGUGCCGCCCCUCCGGCCCCCAGCACUGAGCCUCCGCGGGCCGGGGGCCCACACACCAAAAUGGGGGGCUCCAGGGACUCACUUCUGGAGAUGAGCACGUCGGGGGUAGGGAGGUCUCAGAAGCAGGGGGCCGGGGCCUACUCCAAAUCCUACACCCUGGUGUAG